GGAUACGAUGCUCGGUUUACGAUAUGAGAGCGUUUGUCAUAUUUUUAGUUUUUAACUACCAUUAAGUUUCAACCUUGACUCAGAGGCGAAGACAUUUAAUUAAAGGGUCUGAGAAAAUCGUGGCUUGAAAAAAAAAGAAGAAGAAGAUCUGGAGUGCUUCGGCUAAAUCUUUGCCCAGCAAGCGUUCUGACCAUCUCGCCACCUGGCCGCCGUCCAGACAGCUCCAAGCCCCCCCCCAGUGCUUUUUGCGUUUUCAUUUAACAUGGCCGCUGAUGGCUUCUCGACAGCUUUAUUACCAACAUGUUUCAUGACAAGUUGUGCCACGCAAUUACACGAGAGCUUAUUUGACGAAUCAACCUCACUAUCCGUACUGUACGAGCUCGACCGCCUUUUUCACGCCGUACGCUCGCUUCUGCCCGAGAGCUCGGAUCAGACGGCCCACUGCGCGUUCGGCUAUAAGGACCGCAUGACCUUUUAAAGAACUUGGAAUUAUUUAGCGUUUAAUCGAAUGUAAUGUAUGUGUACUGUAUAUAUUGAGCAGUAGAUUUAAACCAUUUUGUGAACAACUCGGAGAUUAGAUACAAACUCUCUUUUUUUUCUUGUAAUAGAUGAUAUUUUUCUCCACAGUAAGCUCAGCAUGUCUGCUCUGGUACAAAUCUCUAGGAAAUGUCAGCAUACUUGAGCCCUGAUACUCCUGAAAAUGUCAGUAUAGCUCACCUGUAUAAAUCAAAAGAAACGCCUUUUCUCUACGUGUAUACUUUCCGUUAUAUUCAAGGACCAGUCAAAAAAAAAAAUGCAAAAAUUUUUUUUUCCCCCUGAUUAACAGUUGAUUGUAAUAACCGUAUUCUCCUACAUAAUGUUUCAGAGCGUGGAGUUUCCAAUGCGAGAGCGCCUGCCGUAAUAAAACGUCUUGUUUAUGCGUGUCCUUGCUGGGCAACGAGACCUCGACUGCGUGGACCGCUCCAUUCUUCUGCAAAUAACAGCUUAAUUGAAACUCAUUAAAAAGCCGUGACAGCUCAGGUGUCCUUGUAGGAUAUAGAAUAAUUCAGUUGUACUUACAACUUGAUUAAAGGAACUCGAUGAACAUAUUAAUGGUUUGAUGGCUCGCACACUAACCACGUUAAACUGUCGAGCCUACGGACACGGCAGACGUCACCGUACGUGACGUGUCACGUCGAAAAGGUCACGAUCAGAUGAUAAAGCGGCUUAUCGACAAGCAGCUCCACUCGGUUGCAUUGCGUUUGUUUCAGUUCAAAAAUUGCACCGAUUUCAGUCAACAACGCACACAUCGUUAUCAUACAAUACCGAACGGACACAGUAGCGUGGACGCAAGCAUUCAGCCUCGUAUGUAUACAGUGUACAACAGACAACUAUUUCAGGCUAUUUUGCGGGCAUUUGGAAAGCAUCGCAAGCUCCUCUGAAUAGCAUCUGGUUUUGAUUUUGUGUUAAAUCGACUACAGUCGUGAUAGAUAGAUAGCUAACUGGUGUAAGAAGUCGACGAAUGUGUUUUAUCGCUAGGGAGUUAGGACAAUCACCUCAGCGACUCAGAAUUGCCGGCUGAAAAAUUCUCACCGUAGUCUGUGUAACUAAUUAGCAUAACCGAUUUAUUAUCUUUUUCUAGUAUAGUAUACAUGUCAACAGCUAACAGCGUGCGCUUCAGCGUUAAACAUCUGUCUGCCUGAAUAAGAAGCACGAUCGUUUCUACACCCUCGCAUGAUAACUCCAAGGCGACUCGGUGUGUACGUUUGACAUACGGAUUCUUAUCAACAAUAGCCAGAUUUACACCAUUACAUAAAGGUAGUAAUGAAAGUGUCCGAAAGUUUAUCUUCCCCCGCUCCAGGAACGUGGAAUUCCCAGUGAGUCGGACAAGCUGUUGGGAACAUUUGAGCUUUAUGCAGCAGAUGAAGAGGUUCGCGCAAAUCAAGACCAUCCGCAUGUACGUCGAACAUCACAUACCCCACGUAGCCAUCAAAGAGCUAGCCAGCAAACAUCGGCAGGGCUUCAGCACCGACUCAGUGGGGUCUCUACUCUCUAAGGACUCUGUGAAAGAUGCACUGGUGCGUGCAGCUACUUUAGAUUCGUUCCAGGAAUCUCCAGAGGACGGCGAGUCGCAGAUGGGACGAUCCAGUGUAUGAGCCUGAUGAUGAUGUCGGUGCCCCUGAACCAGUGGCAGAGGAGGAGGGAGAAAAUGACAUGCAAAAUGAAGAUGAGGGGUCUGAAAAGACCAGCACUAAGAUUCCUGAGGACAAGGAAACCGACAACAAGAGCAGCUACAGCUUCCAGAAUUCUCCAGUCAGCGUCUUGUCCAACCAGGAAGUCGAACUGGAGUCCCGUCUGAGUGAUGGCAGCGACAGACUAUCUGACUUCAAGGCCUCUUCCCCACCAGAGAGUCUGAGGGACACUGAGAACCAUGGUUCAAAACCAAAAGACGAGAUGUACAGCAGCCUUGAGAAAAUGAGGGCAACUUAUGUCAACUUCCUCUCAGACUCCUACUGGACCAAUAUCGGACUAGACCUUAAGGUUGGCAACACCGGCAGCAAGCCAAACUGUGACAGCUCCAACGCAACGACGAAGCGUGAGUUUGACUGGCAUCAGGAUGCACUGUCCAAAACCUUACAGCAAACACUGUCACCAAAACCUGUGUCAAAGCCCAACCUGUUCAGCUCAGUUCACCUGUACAGGCAGAGCAGCAAAGCAUGUGGUACAGUCUUCACAGGGGCCAGUCGAUUCCGCUGCAAAGACUGCAGUGCAGCAUAUGACACUUUAGUAGAAUUGACAGUGCAUAUGAACAAGAGCGGUCACUACCAAGAUGACAACCAUAGCAGACAAGGAAUUGCUUCCACUUCAUCAUCCAAAAGCCGGAAGAGGAAUCUACAAGACAUGGAAGGCAAGGAGGAUGCACAGAAAGUCCUGAAAUGCAUGUUUUGUGGACAUUCUUUUGACUCUCUCCAAGACCUAAGUGUCCACAUGAUAAAAACUAAACAUUACCAGAAAGUGCCUUUGAAAGAACCUAUUCCAGUAAUCACUCCUAAAUUAGUUCCACCAGCAAAGAAGCGUGCCUUUGAAUCUACAAGGCCUUGUUCCCCCGACUCUACUACUGGUACUAUAGGCUACAGUGAAGCCCAAAGGUCAGCUGGUCUUACAAAUGCUCCAAACAGCCGAUAUGGCUAUCAGAAUGGUGCUAGCUACACAUGGCAGUUUGAAACAUGCAAAUCCCAGAUUCUAAAGUGCAUGGAAUGUGGAAGUUCACAUGAUACUCUUCAACAGCUGACCACUCAUAUGAUGGUUACCGGCCAUUUCAUCAAAGUAACAAAUUCAGCAUCCAAGAAGGGUAAACAAUUAACUCUUGAUCCGUUAGCGAUAGAAAAGAUGCAGACACUAGCGGAACCAACUGUUAAUGAAUCUGAGAGACAGAAGGCCUCCCCAAAGAGUACUGCCUCUGGGGAUUCUCAUAAAUCUUCCCCAAAGGAAAAGAAACCUGACCAAGAAGAAGAGAGAAAAAAAGAUGACCAGCAAGACGAGGCAGAUCAAAAGUGUACUGAUGGUAGUUUUAAAUACCCAUACCUACGAGAGGAGGACCUGGAGCAAGGAGCCAGCGGAGGGGGUGAUAUACUGAAAUCUUUAGCCAACACAGUGGCCACAGCAAUUAAUAAGGCUCAGACUGGGACACCCAGCUGGAGUGCUUACCCGAGCAUACAUGCAGCUUACCAGCUAUCAGGCGUAAUUAAGAACGCCCCUCUUUCUGCCUCUCCCCCCAUACAGGUCAAACAGAGUCACAGCCACAGAUUGAGGCUCAUUGCCCCUAAAGGAAAGUUUUAUCAGGGACUUCGAGGACACGAGAGUUUCCAGGGACAUCACAAUCCGGACAUCAAGAAGGAGAGGGGCGAUGCAUCCGACGACAAAGAGAGCCAGAACAGCAAGUUUGAUCUGGCAGAGAAUGAUGACAGUGAUUGUCAGGAUGAUUCCUCUUCCUCUUCAAAGCUGGAUGCAGACUGUGUAAGUGAAGGGAAUGACACGAUCAAAGGGAAGUUGAGCCCAGCUUUCUCUGACACAGCCAACCCUUCACCGAGCCCUCCUGCCAGCAAUGGGCACAGCAGUUCCUCAGACUUUGUCAGCGACUCUCAGGAAGUCCCUACUAUAAACCCUUUAAGUGCACUACAGUCUGUCUUGAACAAUCAUUUGGGGAAGGCAAAUAAGCCAAGGCAAGAGGGGGUUCUGUCACAACGCAUCCAACCCAUAUUCUCAGAACUAAGCCGAGGUCUAGAGAAACCAGGUUCGGUCCUCACAUCCUCCGCUGUCAUCAGGGCCAACAGAAACUUCUUGUUCACAAAUAAUGACCAGCCAAUAGACUUAACAAAAAACAAACAUAACAAACUGAGUUCUUCUCUUUCAUCGCAGUCCUCCACUCCUAUGCCUCAGAAACAUGCACUGUCUGACAUUGCUGACAUGGUGAAGGUUCUUCCCAAAGCCACGACGCCAAAGCCCUCAAUACCAUCCAGAGUGCCUGCUAUGAAACUAGAGUCAGACGUGAGGCGGUUUGAAGAUGUGUCCAGUGAGGUGUAUUCUGUCCACAAACGUAAAGGCAGGCAAUCAAACUGGAACCCUCAGCACUUGCUCAUUCUUCAAGCCCAGUUUGCAUCCAGUCUCUUUCAGACCUCCGAGGGCAAGUAUCUUCUCUCUGAUCUUGGUCCUCAGGAACGAAUGCACAUAUCCAAGUUUACCGGACUCUCUAUGACUACCAUCAGCCACUGGCUAGCCAACGUUAAAUACCAACUUAGGAAAACAGGUGGGACCAAAUUUUUAAAGAACAUGGACACAGGCCACCCGGUCUUCUAUUGCAACGACUGUGCAUCCCAGUUUAGGAUGCCAUCUGCUUUCAUUUCCCAUCUUGAAUCUCAUCUCGGUUUUCAGAUCAAAGACAUGAGCAAACUGCCAGUCGAGCACCAGACAAAGGUAGCAGAGCCUGAACUGGCGAAAGCUUUCAGUGUUAGAAUGACUGAAGCACUGGUGACAGAGGAAGACAUUGACUCAAAAUUCAAAUGCAAGCUUUGUAGUCGGACAUUUGCCAGCAACCAUGCAGUCAAACUUCACUUGAGUAAAACCCACAGCAAAUCUCCAGAGAAUCAUUCACAAUUUGUUGAAAUGGACAAAGAGUAGCUUGGUUGGUUUUUAUUCUAUGUAGUUUUGUUGUUAAUAACUGUAAUUGCUCUGCUUUUAUAUAUUAAAAAAAUAACGGGUGAAAUUAUUAUUUUUUUUUUUUUCAUGUUACAUGUAGCAUUAUGUAGUAUGCUCAUAAAUUUAAAAACAAAACAUUUCAUCACGUUAAGGAGAAAUGGACACACUGGCUGGAUUAGAAGGAAAUGUAAGUAAAUGCAUUGCAAAAGAUUCUGAAAUGAAUCCAUUGACAUAAGUCUUUGCACUCUGCUCAACUGCAUCACCAGUAAUGAACUGUAUUAUUGCUUGAAACAUAAUUGCAGAUGUUUGCAUGCGGUAGCUCCUGGCUAUGACUAUUUAUUUGUAUGAUACGGCAAGUUUUAAUUGUAAUACUUUUAACAGCAAAAUUGAUUGAUGCAUUAACUGUAAGCUCUGAUGAUGCACCUGGAUGGACAGAAUAUCCAAACAGGUAGCCAGACACACAUUUCCAAAACAAAAAUGCUAAUAAAAAAAUAACAAAUAAAAAAAAAAGAAAGAAAAAAAUGAAAGAAAAACAAAUGUACAGUACAUUAUUCUGUAAAAUAUUUGUGUUGCAAUGAUAGAACAUAAAAGCACUUUAAUAAAUGUUUAAUCACCAGUUUAGGCUCAGAUUCGGUAUGUGAGUUAACAGAUUUAGACAACUUUGACAUAAAGAUGUCUCACAUCAAUGUAUAUAUAGCACUGCAGAGAAAUGUGUCUCAUCAGAAGGAGGAUAGUGAGACAGAACAUACUGCACCUUUUAUACCAGUAAAAAUAAAUCAUUAACAUUUUUUCUA